AUGUCGCAGAAGGAGGACAAGCUCGUUCAUACUUUUAAUGGCAUUCCUUUUACCUCGGGAUCAUCACCAGAGCUUUUAAAAUCCCUGGUUACCUUUGAUGCCAGGGAAGAAGAUGUUCUUUUGGUUUCCUAUCCAAAGUCGGGCACUCACUGGCUGGCUGAAGUCAUAAUGCACCUGUAUGCCUCCAAAGCGGCUCUAACUUCUCCCAUUGAAUUUGGAGACGUUUCCAAACUGGACCAGCUGAACCGUCUGUCAUGCAAGAGAAUCAUUCCAACUCACCUGGACGGCAACAUGCUGCCUCCCUCGUUCAGGCUCCAGCAAUGCAAGGCUGUCUACAUUAUCCGGAAUCCAAAAGACAUCGCUGUUUCCAUGUUCCAUUACUAUAAAGCAAAUCCGAACCUGCCUACUGUAGAUUCCUGGCCAAAUUUCCUAGAGAUGUUUCUAACAGGAGAUGUUGUCUACGGAUCCUGGUUCGAUCAUGUUUUAAGCUGGGAAAAACUCAUACAUGACAAAGACACCCUGUUCUUGUUUUUUGAAGAUAUGAAACGGGAUCUUCCCACGGUCGUGAAGAAAGUCAGCACCUUCCUGGGGUUGAACACCAGUGAGAGCAGGAUUAAUGACAUCUGCAAAAAAUCUUCGUUCAGCGAGAUGAAAACCAACACAGAGAAAGAAAACCACGACCCGAAUCAUACAGUCUGUGCACUCACGUCCAACCGCAAGCUGAUUUUCCGAAAAGGUGCCAUUGGGGACUGGAAGAAUCAUUUCACUCCCAAACAGAACCGGAUGUUUGAAGAGACAUUUAACAAGAAGAUGGCAUUCAGCGAGGUGGCAAAACAUCUUGUUUAUGAAUGCUGA